AUGUCUCCAUCCGCGGGCGACGACUCCGAAUUCCUCCAUUCCUCUCGCGGCCCUCACUCAUCGCAAAACUUCACCUGGCGCGCCCUGAUCGUUGGCCUGCUCGUCGGGAUCCUGAUCAACCUCUGCAACACGUACUAUGGCCUGCAGACCGGUGCCGGCGCCCAACUUCCCACGGUGUCCGCCCUACUAGGGUACUUGGUGAUCAAUAGUUUUGCAAAAUUCAACCUCGCCCCGCUGUCCAAGGCUGAGAAUGUCUUGAUUGUGAGCGCGGCCACAGCGACGGGCUGCAUGCCUGGUACGGCGGGGUUCACCGAGGUCAUUCCCGCGCUAGAAUAUGUCCUUGGACCGAAGGAGGGAGGGCCGGUGAAAAUGGGAUGGAUGAACAUGGUUAUCUGGUCCUUGGGGUUGAGUUUCUUCGGCAUCCUCUUUGCGGCUCUGCUGAGGGACCGUUUGAUUUUCCCGAAGGUCUGGCCUUGGCCUGGCGCGACGGCUUCAGCAAAUGUGAUUAAUGCUCUACAUGGCAGAGAGAAAGAGGACUUUGAAAAUGCAGUUGCCUGGGAUUCGUGGCCGCACCGCGAGACCGGGUUGUUGCAUGGCGCCGCCGACGAUGGCGAGGAGGAUGGGGAUGUCACAGAACCAACCAAGCUUCCGAGGAAUCUAAGCCUUAUUUUGAUUCCUGCAGCGUGGUCGGCGCUUUUUACGGUGUUCAUGUACUUUAUGCCCAUAACUAAAGAUUUACCGCUCUUUGGCCGCCAGGCUGCGAGAAAGUGGCUCUGGACAUUUAGUCUAUCACCCGGCUUCUUUGGCUCUGGGAUAAUUAUGGGGCCGGAAAUUGUGCUUCACAUGCUGACUGGGGCAAUCGUUGGCUGGGGAAUCCUGUCGCCCUAUGCCAAAGGUAAAGGUUGGGCACCUGGGGACGUCGGUGAUUGGGAGACUGGCAGUCGUGGCUGGCUGAUUUGGAUUAGUUUGGCCUGCCUAAGCGCGGACACGCUGGUCAAAAUGGUCUGGAUAUAUUUCAAGGUGAUUCGGGAGAAAUACGGAGAUUGGCUGUUCCGGGGUUGGGAGAACACUCGACUCGCCCUAGCCGGGCAACGUGGAUAUAUGCCAGUGCGGAAUAGCAUCAUCAUCAACAACAACAACGGGCCCUUUGACGACCAGGACAGCCUUGUUGAUGAAACGGAACAUCCUACCACGACGGGAACGCCCGACGGACAGGAGUCUCCGUAUGGUGGGUAUCUUUUGGUGACAAUCUUUGUUGUCUCGAUUCCGGUGUGCAUCUUCGCAACGCAGUCAGUGUUUGGUAACAAAAUGCCCUGGUACUACACCUUCCUCUCGAUUCUUCUGGCAUUGCCCGUGGCGAUGACUGGCAUUCGAGGCUUGGCAGAAUCGGACUUCAACGCGGGUAGCGGUUUAGCCGCGCAAUUAGUCGUCGCCACCCUAACCCCCCGAACCAAGCCAGAUAGUGUCAUAAUCAACAUCCUCUCCGGCGCGAUCGCCAAGGGGGGCGCCAACCAAGCUGGCGACCUUGCCUUUGAUCUGAAGAUCGGUCAACUGGUCGGCGCGCCACCGGACGUGCAGACCUACGGGCAGAUUGCCGGUUCUAUCUUCGGAGCAAUUGUCUCCUGCUUCACGUACCGACUCUUUACAGCCCGAUUUCCCGUGCCGGGCAAGUUCAUCCAGAUCCCCAACUCGUUUUUGCAGGUGAGUACGGCGAAGAUGGUAUUGAAUAAAGGACUACCAUCGGGUGCGGGUGCGUUUGCGCUAGGAUUUGGCAUAUUCUUCGUUGUCGCGACGGUUGUAAAGAUGAGAUUUCAGCAGAGGUGGUGGCAGGUUUUUAUUCCGAGUGGGGUGUCCUUUGCAAUUGGGAUAUUUACUACUCCUGUUUUCACUCUAUCGAGGGUGCUUGGGGGUCUUUUUAUGUGGGCGUACUUGCGUCGGGCGGCUUCUGAACAGUUGAUGCUGGUGGUCGUGGCCAGCGGGAUGUUGCUUGGAGAGUCCCUGGGGAGCCUCGGAGAGCUCUUCCUGUCUGCUGUGAAAGUUCCUCCACUUGGCUUGUAA